AUGAGACUUUCAUUCACUACCCUGGUUCUCGUUGCUCUACUACCUGCAUCUCUUGCCAGUAAAUGCAAGAACCCUGAGAUACGCAAAGAGUGGCGUCGUUUCUCUAAAGCUGAACAAGCCGAGUGGAUCCGAGCAGUCAAUUGCCUCAACAAGAAGCCUGCCUCAGGCAAACUUAAGCCCCCAAUCGACUUGAGCAAGUACCAGUAUUAUGAUCAGAUUGUACCUGUUAGCAAAUCUUCUUCGUAUCAGGAUGAGCUCACAUAUGUUCAUAUGAAUCUCAAUCCUGUCAUUCAUAAUACGGGACUUUUCCUCCCUUGGCAUAGAUGGUAUCUCCAAUCUUGGACCGAUGCUCUACGGACGCAGUGCGGGUACAAAGGGGUUACACCAUAUUGGGCCUGGGAAUUUGGUAAGCUUAAUGCAGUACCUAUAUCAGGUCCGGGGACUUAUUUGACUAAAGACACCGCAAAUUUCGAGAAAAGCUCGAUUUUCAACUCUGACAAAACUUGGGGCCUAGGAACUUGGGGAGAUGCGAAUGACGAUUACACCGUCAAGGAUGGUGGAUUCCAAAAUUUGACAUUUGCUUAUCCAGCCCCCCACCGUUUGCGGCGCAAAUACGUCCCCUUCCCAUACAUGGCCCCUCCAGGAGUUGAUCCCUCGCUUUAUCCCUAUGAUACAUUCAAAGGAGCCAAUCUUACGUUCACCUUGGGAGAGGUCCUUAAACUUCUGGCACAACCCACUGGCGACUUUAAGAAAUUCCAUAUUAUAUGGAGCAGUGAUUUGGGUGGACUAUGCCCAAAGAACGCUACUCUGCACAAUGCCCUUUCAGUGGAGCUCCAACCAUUUCGCCUAACGAGCCUAUGUUCUUCCUUCAUCAUGGAGUUAUGGUGGCAAAAGCUCAACCCCAAGAACCAGAAGGCUUUUGCUGGUGGAAGCGUGCGAAACUUGACCAGUCCCGAUUUAUAUCCUAACGGGGCUGCCCCUUGGCAAGAUGCUUCAACCGUUAUCCCUACGCUGUCCUCACGAGCACCUAGCACCCUACGAUUUACAGCUUUGCCGGAUGCAGUGCAACAAGAACAACCUAGAAAUAGAAGAUACAUGAAUCUAUCGUCGAUCCCUUUUGCUCCGCCGACAUUCGUUGAACCAACCUACGAAGACCAUUACCAAGAUGUAAUCGUACCAUUAAACGACUUUGAUGACAAAAACAAUAACCCUGCACACUGGGCCGGCGUUGAAUCUUCCGAUUCCAAGCCAGUACCACCUAUCCUUAGGGCCUCAUCGCAGCUCGAAACACCUCAAAGAAUGUCAUCUUCGCUGUUUUCACCCAGAGCUUAUCCAUUCCCCCUGAUUGCGACCACCCCAGUACCCCAUAUUGGGCCACCAGACGAUAUAAUAUCUCACACACCAACUCAUAACAACGUCUUAGAGCCAGAAGCGGAUGAGACCCAUGACACUUUGUGCACAAAGCAUCCGUUUGGUAUACCAAUGUAUCCCAGCAGCCCAGCUCGAUCGUUCAGAGAAUUCCCUUUGGAUGCCCUAGUGGGGAGUAGAGAGCCUUCACCAUAUAUAUUAUCUUCCGCCUCUUGUAAUACAUCAAGUUCGAGUGCCAUACGUGGCCAAUUUGGCCAAUUUGGAACGCCUGGACGAGAAGUUAUACUCCAACCACAUUUCCAACCAAGAUUGGCCUCAUCAGACAUAUACAAAUCCAAGCUUCUGGCCUAUGCUACAGUUGUGGCCGAUCACAUGAGUAGCUCUGGAGAUGAAGGCUCGGCAUACCAGCAAUCCAUAGAAUAUGCCAACGUACCAGAAGUGCUGUAUGGACCUGAACUAGACAAGACUUCAGCUACUGGUAGAUCGGGACAUUACACUACUAGUACCCGGGCCGUUUUCCCGGUUAAUUCAUUCAAUGCAGAUCGCAGCAACGAAGAUCUAGGCCAAGCGGCUCUUGGCAAUCGUCCGGAGUUAACAGAAUCUAUAUAUGCAGAAGGCCCAGAGAACGAAUCACAAAUUGAGGAUAGUUCCAGUUGCUUCGAUGAUGACAGAUCACUUCUCUCCGAAUACGAAGCUAUGCAAGCGGAAUGUGAUACAUUGGCCGCGGGCGAGCCAUCUGAUACAGAAAUAAACAAUUCGCUCUCCGUUAAUGAGAUCGGGCCCCCUGAGAAGAACCCGAAGAUCCAACCUUUCCCGAUGAAAGCCUCUCGGCGUAGUCUCACUGCUGAAGCAAUAGCUCCCGACAGAGACCAAUCAAGGUUCAAUAGACGAUCGCCAAAGUUUGUGUCACGCCCCCCUAAACGUGUUAGACCUAGUCCUUUUGCUGCGUUAUUCGAGAAGCGGUUCAAAGAAUACCCAAAGGACGUCGUUGAACUGAAGGACCAGACCGUCGUGGACGAAGGUGAUCGGGAUGAAAUUGAAUCUUGGUCGGGAUGA